GCGACCAUGGCGGCCAAUCUCAAAGCUGAGUAGAUUCGAGGGUUUGCCCGAGACUGCUCGAUUGCCUCCUUUUCAGAUAGUCUUCACAAGAAUACGUCAUCAGAUAGCGUGCUGAUGCCGCGAGAACAAUGUAGUACAAGGAAACUCGAGUUAUCCGGAGUGUGGAAGACGAAAGUAUCAAUGAGACGAUCCAGUUCCGUAAUGAUCAUUCCUGAUAUCGCCCACCACCCCAUUCAGCUCGUCCAGCUCGUUCAGCUCGCUCUUUUCGCUCUCAGCUCUCAGUUCUCAGCGCAGCAACAGAACCCCGGAAUUUUUCCGCGGAAAGAUCUUCCCAGCGGGUACCUCAACCGGAAACGUAGAAGUCUUCACUUCAGCAUAGCCAGGCAUCCAAGAAGACAAGCCGAGUCAUCCCGGACCCGGGUGCCGCUGAAUAUAGCUCGUCUCAGUUACAUGCGUGCACACAUUGCAACGUCCAGUCAUCCCAGUCCUACUGCCGUGAACAUUUUUGAGAAGCCCUUCUUGACCGGUACGACCUUCCACUCGUUGCCUUGUAUCCCUCAUGACGACGCCCUGAGAUUAUGUUCGUCCCCAACCAACACCAUCUCGCCAUAACCUACCCCCGUGGACAUCACGGGGCAUCUCGAGGGAGACGAUACUGUUCAUCGCAAGGCAAAUUUGCACUUCCACAGCCUGCCAAUUACGAGAAAGCUCUAAACGUAAUCUCUGAAACAUGGUGUGCCUCGUGUAA